GGAGGCGCUUGACGCCGGUAGAGGGUGGUGGAAGAAAAAGACCGACGGCGACGAGCCGGGUGGAAGCCCUAAAAAGCGAACUGACGUUAUAUUCUUUUGGUUGCUCUAUUUUUACGAAUCUGAUCGGAGUGAUUAAAGGUUUCCGUGCCCAGAUUGGUCCCGCCACCUCUCCACGUCUCUUCAUCUGGUGUGUGUGUGUGUCUGUUUGCAUGUGUCUGUGUUUGGAUUGCACAGAGAGACACUGUUAGUCCUACAGUAGCUGUAUUCACGGGUUUCGUGUGAGGGGGAAACAGCUAGACGGUCUCCGCGAUCCACCAUGGGUGACAUGAGUGAUCUGGACAGACAGAUCGACCAGCUGAGGAGGUGUGAGCUCAUCAAGGAAAAUGAGGUCAAAGCCCUGUGUGCCAAAGCCAGAGAGAUUCUCGUGGAAGAGAGUAACGUACAGAGGGUGGACUCGCCUGUAACAGUGUGUGGUGAUAUCCAUGGGCAGUUUUAUGACCUGAAAGAAUUGUUUAGGGUGGGAGGCGACGUUCCAGAAACAAACUACCUCUUCAUGGGAGAUUUUGUGGACAGAGGGUUUUACAGUGUCGAGACCUUUCUGCUACUUCUUGCCCUCAAGGUGCGUUAUCCAGACAGAAUCACCCUGAUUCGGGGAAAUCACGAGUCCAGACAGAUCACACAGGUGUACGGCUUUUACGAUGAGUGUUUGAGAAAAUACGGCUCGGUCACGGUAUGGAGGUACUGCACUGAGAUCUUCGACUACCUGUCCCUCUCCGCCAUCAUUGAUGGAAAAAUCUUCUGUGUACACGGAGGCCUGUCGCCCUCAAUCCAGACUCUGGACCAGAUCAGAACCAUCGACAGGAAACAGGAAGUGCCUCAUGACGGGCCCAUGUGUGAUCUUUUGUGGUCUGAUCCUGAAGACACCACCGGCUGGGGCGUCAGUCCGCGAGGUGCCGGAUAUCUGUUCGGCAGUGACGUCGUGGCCCAGUUCAACGCCGCCAACGACAUCGACAUGAUUUGCAGGGCGCACCAGCUUGUCAUGGAAGGGUACAAGUGGCACUUCAACGAGACUGUUCUCACUGUGUGGUCCGCUCCGAAUUACUGCUACAGAUGUGGUAAUGUGGCGGCAAUCUUGGAGCUUGACGAGCACCUGCAGAAAGAAUUCAUCAUAUUCGAAGCUGCUCCACAAGAAACGAGAGGCAUUCCCUCCAAAAAGCCAGUUGCUGACUACUUCCUGUGAGCUUCCUGUGUCCUUAGGACGCAAGCACUCUCAACAGGAAGUGGAGCCCUGUGUGUACUUGUAUUUCUGUUUCCCUUUCCCUGCCCAACUGUCUUAAUUGUGCUUCUUUUUUUUUUUACUUUCUCUAUAAUAUUCCUUUUUUUUUUUGUACUUUCCAUCCACUUUCACAUUCUUCAACUCUGCCAUCAAGACACACAUUGGCAUUAUAUUCUCACCCACUGCUGUGAAAUCUCUCGCUCUCACACUCAUUGUAAGCUGUAGAUGUAGACGUUUAUUAUGAAUGUGAAUAGCAGUAAGGGAAGGUGGCGUUUCACACGUUCCUCGGAAAGCUGCGUUUUGAAACGGCAGGUUAAAACAGGUUUUUGGACAUUUUUUUAUUCAUUUUCUUUCUGUACGUUCUCUUCUCACGCAAGUUGUAAAUGUGUUAGAGAAUUGGUAUGACAUAUUUCCUGCUUUGAUUAUACUUUACAGUUAUCUGUUUUCACCAAGUCCUCACAGUUUCACAGCUUUUGAGUUUUGUGAAGGAAACGACUGCAGACGCAGAUAUAUAUAAAUGUAUAUGGACAUUAACUACACUGGAAAACAUGAACACGACACGCAUACAAACCAAACUGGAUUUAGAAAAUUAGCUUUUUCCCUCUUGACUGUUUUCUCUAUAGGACUUAUUGUUGAUUUUUAUUUUUAAUUUGUGAAAAUAAAAUGUACUUUUGUAUGAAUU